GUGCACCGGGAGUAGCCGGGAAUGCACGGGGCGUGCCCGGCCCGGCCCGGGACUACAACUCCCGGCGUGCUCCGCGCGGCGGCCACGCCCCGCUGCGGCUCCUGCAGCCAGGACUACGAGUCCCAUCGCCCCCCGCGCCCGGCCGGAAGCGGCGCGAUGGCGGCUCGAGCCCGGCCCGGUGCGGCCGCGGCCCCGGUUCCCCGCGGCCCCGCGGGCUGAGGCCGCGCCCGCCCGCCAGCCAGCCUCUCCCGGUCCUGCCGCCGCCAUGGCGCUCAUCGAGGGCAUCGGCGAUGAGGUGACGGUGCUGUUCGCGCUGCUGCUGGCGGCCGCCGUGCUGGGGCUCGCCUGGGCCUCCACGCGCGCCCCCGAGCCCGCGGCGCCGCCGCCUGAGGCGGCCCCGAGCGCGGCCCCCGCCGAGCGCAAGGCCUCGGCCCCGAACCCGGCCGCGGCGCCGGCCGAGGGAGCGGCGGCCCCCGAGGAGGCGGAGGGGCCGCGGCACCGGAACGCGCCCGCGGCCGCCGCCGAGGGCCCCGCCGAGCCCACGCUGGUGCUGCGGCUCAAGUUCCUGAACGACACCGAGCGCCUGGCCCGGGUGCGCCCCGGCGACACCGUCGGGGCGCUCAAGAGGACCUACUUCCCGGGCCAGGAGCAGCAGGUGCGCUUGAUCUACCAGGGGCAGCUGCUGCGGGACGACAGCCAGAGCCUGGCGGGGCUGCACCUGGGCCACCUGAGCGUGCUGCACUGCCACCUGUCCCCGGCCAGCGCGGCGCCCGCGGCCCCGGGCAGCCCCGGCCCCCGCGGCCCCGCGCCCGCCGCGCUGGGCGUGGGCAGCCUGGCGCUGCCGCUCUUCGUGCUGCUGCUGGCCCUGCUCUGGUACCUGCAGCUGCAGCACCGGCACGUCUUCACCGCCACCGCCACCACCUGCCUGGCCGGCCUCACGCUGCUCGUCACCUUCGUGGCCUUCGCCAUGUACCGCAGAUAGCGCGGCCCGGAGCCGCCCGGGGACACCGGGACCCGGAGCCGCGCCCGGACACCGAGAGCCUGCCCGCCCGCCCGGGCCGUGCGGGGCUCUGCGUUCAGCCCGCUGGGCACACCGGGGGCACGCCCGGUGCCUGAAGGGGGGCUGGCUCCGGACUGUGCCCCCAGAGCCCCGAGCAGCGCCCGCCCGGCCCUGUCUGCUGUGGGGGCUCAGCUACCUCGGGGGGUGCCGGUGCCCCGUGCCUGCACGGAGCAUCCCCCGGUGCGGGCCUGCCCGAGCUGCUCUCCGUGCCCCGGGAGCUUCUCCUCGCGGGAAUGCGGCCUGGCUGCUCCGCUGCCUGCCCAGGGACAUGAGCCCCGGGGUGCCGGCGGGACGCGCUCCUGAGGUCCCCGUGCCGGGGGAGGAUUUCGGCCCCGAGGCGGUCCCGGUGCCGGCCGCGCUCCCCGGGGUUCCGAUGCUGUGUUGGCGGUGCCGCCCCGCGCCGCCGUUCCGAUUAAAGCAGACAGACUGUGA